CAUUGCAUCUAUUGUAUAAUUCUAAUCAACUCUAAAAAAGUCUUUGAUGAUAUUUUCAAGUCCAGUUCGAAGUCAUCAAAAUUGUGACUCCAGUCGAAGUCGUGCGACUCGAGUCCACACAUCUGGAAAAUAGCGUCGCCAACCUAUCUUGUCUGCGGUUUUAAUGCUGAUCAAAUCCAACAAAUGACGUUCAAACUUGAGAGUGAAGAAACAAAGUAUGUGUGAGCUGGAGCCUAUCCCAGCUGACUAUGAGUGAUAGGCUGAGGCGGACAGGUCGCUUGCCAAUCACAGCCUCUCCCUCUCACUCAUCACUGCUGCAGUGCUUCACUAGCUGACCUUCUGCUAAGGACCAUGCAGGCCUUUGUCCCCAGUCCCAGACUUUAUCUGACACCAGUCAGGGAUGAAGAAGCAGAAUCUCAGAGGAGGGCAAAGUCUCGUCAUGCCAGACAGACCCGCAGGUCAACGCAGGGUGUGACUCUGACCGACUUAAAAGAGGCUCAGAAGAUCAACGGCCGUUCUGAGGAGUCGCUGCAGGAAGGGGAUGUCGAGAGCAACGCGACAGAAACCAAAAUUGUCUCAAGAUGGAGCAACACGGAUGAGCAGGGGAACAUAAGACCCACGUUACAAAGUGUAGCUGAGCUUACUGACCCCUGUGCCCGACCUUCAUCCUCCAUCACCAGCAUCAACUCCUUCAGAGCUGGUGGCAGAAGGUGGAGAGAUGAAAAUCAGAACCCUCUGGAAGAAGAAGAGCAGUUUACGUUCAGCAUGAAACCCAGGAGCAGACGACAUGGUUGGGAUGGACAUGAAGAAUCAGACACAGUUGCAGAGAGCUUCACCUGCCUCCUCUGACUGCACGUCACUGAAUAAUACACAUACAG